UUUCUAAAUUCAUUAAAAAUACUAAAAUUACCUACGUAUCAGAAAUAUACCAGGAAGCUUUUCAAUAGUAAACAAAAUAUAUAUUUAAUGAACCGAUAUUAUAAAUAAUAUUCGUUAUAAAAAAUCUAAAAAUAAAUGCUAGGCCGCCGCUUCAAGACUACGUCAGGCAACUAAAUGCCCCGAACAAGCAUUGUGCCCGUAACACCUCGUUUAAAUUUCGAACGUGAUUCUAACCAGCCAGUUUAGUGUUCACGCCGCGCGCGCCUUGGCCAGAGCCAACACAUUUUUGAAUUUUUAAAUAGUUCCAAUUGACAUUUAGCAAUUCCAAAAUGUCAAUACACUUACAGAGUCGACGAAACCAAAAUGAUGAUGCUCAAAUCAUUAUGCUGAGGCGCGCGUUCAGCAUGUUCGACUCACAGAAGCAGGGCCGCAUUGAGAAGGAGAAGGUGAAGAUGAUUCUCAACACCAUGGUACACAACUACGAUGACCUUGAACUUGACAGAAUGGUGGACAGUGAAGAUGCUGAAGCAUGCGGGACAUUAAACUUCGACUCGUUCGUGCGAGUCGCAAUGUAUUUCCUAGAAGAAGACGACGAGGCGCUACAAAAGGAACUGAAAGAAGCCUUCAGACUUUAUGACAAAGAGGGCAACGGCUACAUACCGACGUCAAGCCUACGUGAGAUACUAGCAGCGCUGGAUGAGCAGCUGACUCCGGACCAGCUCAACGAGAUGAUCGCAGAGAUUGAUACAGACGCGUCCGGUACCGUGGACUUUGAUGAAUUCAUGGCGAUGAUGACGGGCGAUUAAGCGGUGAUUACAACGCGGGGUGGCCCUAAACCUGCAUUAUGUUAAUAAACGCAUAUUUUAGCUUUA